CAAUCCAUCUUCUGUAGGGCGGAGCCGUACUUGAAAUACGGAAUUUAUCAAACCGAAACUAACGACCGGAAUAGAACGGAAUUUAAACAGGUUGAGAAGAAGAAAAAAAUCUGCGGGAAAGAGUAAGAUCUAUCAAUCCUGGCUGGGUUUCUUAGAUACAUAGCGAUGAAGUAUAUCCUGGUAACUGGAGGAGUUAUCAGUGGUAUUGGCAAGGGUGUGAUUGCCAGUAGUCUUGGUACCAUUUUGAAAUCCUCUGGUGUUAGGGUUACUUCCAUCAAGAUAGAUCCUUAUAUCAACAUUGAUGCUGGAACCUUUUCUCCUUAUGAACAUGGUGAAGUGUUUGUACUGAAUGAUGGUGGGGAAGUUGAUCUUGACCUUGGUAACUAUGAGCGAUUCUUAGACAUCACACUUCACCGUGACAACAACAUAACCACAGGGAAAAUAUACCAGCAUGUAAUCAAUAAAGAGAGAAGGGGAGACUACCUUGGUAAAACUGUACAAGUUGUUCCACACAUCACAGAUGCUAUACAAGAGUGGGUUGAACGUGUAGCAAAAAUUCCUGUGGAUGGCGACAAUAAAACACCCGAUGUCUGUAUUAUAGAGUUAGGUGGAACUAUUGGAGAUAUUGAAGGGAUGCCUUUUGUUGAAGCAUUUAGACAGUUUCAGUUCCGAGUGAAGAGAGAUAAUUUCUGCUGUGUACAUGUUAGUCUUGUACCACAGCCUAAAGCAACAGGUGAACAGAAAACAAAGCCCACUCAGUCUAGUAUACGUGAAUUACGAGGUCUAGGUUUAUCUCCUGAUCUGAUUGUAUGUAGAAGUAGUAAGCCUAUAGAUGCAGCUAUAAAGGAAAAAGUUUCCCUGUUUUGUCAUGUUGAACCACAACAGGUAUUAAGUAUCCAUGAUUUGUCAUCUAUAUAUCGAGUACCUAUACUGAUGGAAGAGCAAGGUGUGUCUCAAUACAUAAUGGACCGCCUUAAACUCCACCCACAUAUGUCCAGACCUAAACGGUUUAUGGCGAGUUGGAAAGAACUAGCAGAUAGGUAUGACCGGUUACUAAGGGAGGUAACUAUAGUCUUAGUUGGUAAAUAUACAAAAUUAGAAGAUGCAUAUGCCUCUGUGAUCAAAGCUUUACAGCAUUCAGCUCUUGCUGCCAGUCAUAGACUUAAUCUAAAGUAUAUUGAGGCUGCAGAUUUAGAGAUGGAAACAAUGUCAGAUGAUCCAUGUAAAUAUCACGAGGCAUGGCACCAACUUGUUAGUGCUGAUGGUAUUUUGGUGCCAGGUGGGUUUGGUGUACGUGGAACAGAAGGAAAAGUAUUAGCUGUAAAUUGGGCACGUAAAAAGAAAGUACCAUUCCUAGGUAUAUGUUUAGGUUUGCAGUGUGCAGUGAUAGAGUUUGCAAGAAAUGAACUUGGAAUGAAAGAUGCUAACUCAACAGAAAAUGAUCCAGAUACAAAAAAUCCUGUGGUGAUAGAUAUGCCUGAACAUAACACAGGACAGAUGGGAGGAACUAUGAGACUUGGUCUGAGAAAAACACUGUUUAAGACAGAUUCUUCCUUAAUGAAGAAGUUAUAUGGCAAUACAGAUUUUGUAGAAGAAAGACAUAGACACAGAUAUGAGGUAAAUCCAGCAUUAGUAGAGAAGUUUGAAGAGAAAGGUAUGAUGUUUGUUGGACGAAGUGAAGAUGGCGAGAGGAUGGAGAUAAUGGAGCUUAAAGGUCACCCAUACUUUGUUGGUGUCCAGUAUCAUCCAGAGUACAUCUCACGUCCAAUGAAACCUUCCCCACCAUACUUUGGGUUUGUUUUAGCGUCUUGUGGGAAAUUACAAGGUUUAGUGAAUAGAGGAUUUAGAAAAUCUCCGCACAUGUCGUACAGUGAGAGUGAUUGUUCCGAUGAAGAACUAUGUAAAUUUGUAGACAAAGUUAAUAUAAACAGUGACACAAGUGUGAAAGUUGCUGCAGCCACUUGUCUGGAUGUAAAAGGAAAAAGUGAUUAAUGAAGAACAAGUUUAGAGUUCUGUGAAUAGUAUUUAUGAAUAUUGUUUUUGGUAGGAUUUAUCUGUCAUAUGAUUGUUUGAAAUCUUUGUGAUUUUCACGAUUUUCAUUGUGCCAUGGUGUGAUAAACUACACAAGGCAGAAUUUUUUUUAUCAAAACAGCAAGUUUAGAUAAUGUGAACGGCCAAUGGAAUAUUGUCUCAUAAUGCAAAAUGCAUUGGUUUUAAAAACGUUGUUAUAGUAUUUCUUAAAACAAUUUUUCAAAAGAUUAAUGUCGGAAAUGCGCUGUUGUUUAUUUAGUAUGAAAUGUUUCAUCUUUUUGUGCUCAUUUUUCAAUAUCAAAUUUUCAUUCAUUAUUUGAAUAAAGAUUUUUUUAACAAAAACAUAAAAUCUUUGGACACUUUGUACUGCCUGUUAUGUAUUUCAUUUAGGAACAUCGUUUUGUAUAUUGUUAUUUAUAUUUUAAUAAGACUAAAUAAGGAAUAAACUGUGUACAUGUAAAUCAGUAUAUAUGGUUAAAAAAAUGGGCAUUCUACUAAAUAAACUAUAACUUUAUACCUUGAAAUAAUAACCCUUUUUUUUUCCACUUUUUUAUGAAAAAUGCACAAAACUGCCAAAAUUUAAUAAAUAAAAUUGCACGACUGCCAACCUUUGUAUAUAUAUGGUUUUAGUGAAAUUAAAUUCGUGAUUUUUUGUUAGUAUUGAUAAUAUUAUAAGUUUUCUAUUUCUUACAUUUUGCUUUAUAUCAUUGUUCUUCCUAUAAUAUGGGCAUUACAUUCAAUAUAUUUAUGAGCCGCGUCAUGACAAAACCAACAUAAUGGGUUUGCAACCAGCACGGAUCCAGGCCAGCCUGCGCAUCCCAGCAGUCUGAUCAGAAUCCAUGCUGUUCGCUAUCAUUUUCUCUACUUGAAACAGGGUUUGUAAGCAAACAGCAUGUAUCCUGAUCAGACUGUUGGGAUGCGCAGGCUGGUCUGGAUCCAUGCUGGUCGCAAACGCACUAUGUUGGUUUUGUCGUGACACGGCUCAUAUGUUGAUUGUAUUCAGCUGAGCAUUUAUUAAAUAUAUGCAACCUGUAUUGGUUAGGUAAAUACGAUAAAAAAUAUAGGAACAAAACAAAAAUGUGCACCUCAAAACAUGAGCUGCUUUGUGUAGUAUAAUGUAAUGUUUUGUGAUAAAUAGUGUUUAUAUUGAUCUGUAUAAAUACCUUUCAAGUA